AUGCUGAGACCUAUAACGAGAGUUUCUCUUAAACUCACAAGCCAAACAAAGAGAUUAAUCUCGACAAAGGGCUCCAAAUUGCAAAACUUAUCAGCCAUAUCAAAUACAAAUGAUUCUCCUGCUACGAUCCUCACACCACGCACUCACACUUCUACAAAUGCUACCUCCACCACCUCUGCAUCUGACUUCUUUAGAACUGCCGCUCAAGCAAGCAUGGCACUAGACACAUUCAACAGAUCACACGCCACCGCAAUAAGGGCCACCACCGAGAAGAGAGACAUAAUGCAGCUUUGGUCCCUCCUGGAGGCCUGCUUGCAAUCGAACUACAUGGAACGUGCAUUCUCGAUCCUCGGGUCCCUAUACCUCAUUGAUUCUCACAGACGCUUCUUCAUAGACGACUACAAUUUGUACUUGAGACGGCUGAGCGAGAUCGGUACCACUCACGACUUGGCGGCAGUGCUCAUGAAAGACUUACAGGGUCAUUUCCCUGAUGUGCAGUAUAAUGAGAGGACGCUGGCGAUCUUGAUUCAUCAUUCUUUGAAGAACAAUCAGGGGACGAGAGUAGCUGCCGGACAGAUUAAUACCUUUAUCAGAAUGAGUUUGAAUGGAACAAGGGAAAUUUAUAAGAACUUAGACGUGUUACCCUUAAAGGAUUUUGAGAAGUUGUAUUUCGAUUAUGGUGUAGUGAGUUUGAAUGAAGUUCCUGAGUCUAUAAGAUCCAUGUUGAGGAAUUUAGAAUUGCAGAGAUCUCAAGAAAGUAUGGAUGAUGUACUACCACAGGAAAUUGAGACCGCCACUGAAACUGAAUCUGCUGUUACUGCUGCUACCACCGUGCCGCUAGAUGCAAUGACAGAGAUGGAAGCAGCACCCAAGCAGGAACAUGUUAGUUUGGAUGGUGAAAUACAACCGUUGGAGAAGGACGUGAAGGAAUUGAGAGCUGUAAAUACAAUUGGAAUGAAAGUGAUUAGGCAUGCAUUGUUGGGACUUUCAUUGAAUGAAAGACAACGUGAAAGUGUGAAAAAUUUUAGUUUCGAUGCUGAUAAGAAUAUUUUAAACAUGGAUAAUAAUGAUAAAUUACUUGAUUUUUUCGAAAUUUUUAAAACUUUGAAAAAUGAUGAAGAAAGAGAAACUUUUGAGAAUAUAUUGAACGAUUUUAAUCAAGAUAGACAAAGAGCACUAGAAAGUAGAGCUGCAGAUGCCGCAAGGGAACGUUGGAAACACGAUUUCGAAGAUGCAAAGGAAAGAGGUGAUAUAUCUAUCCAGAAAAGGUUGAACGCUAAAUUAUGGGAAUGGUAUAACGAUAUGCUACCUCUAGUGAAAGAAGAAAUAAAGAAGGCCGAGGAAUCAAUCGGUGCAAUGACGUCGUCAUCAUCAAACAAACCACCGAAGUGCGCUGCCAAGAAAGGUUCAGAUUCUCUUAGUGCUCCUUAUUUGCUUCUAGUUAACCCAGAAAAGAUGUGUGUCAUUGCUAUCUUAGAAUUAUUAAAGCUAAACUCCACUGGUGGAGUCAUAGAGGGAAUGAGAACUGCAAGAGCUGUUAUUUCAGUGGGGAAAGCCAUCGAAAUGGAAUUUAGAUCAGAACAAUUAUUGAAAAGUGAAUCUAACAUCUUUAAAGAAGUGAAUAAGAAAUCUCCAGAGUUCAAAAAAUUGGUUCAAAGGGCUAGACAAUCAUUUAGAUCGAACCAAGUGGAACAAUCCAAAAUUGUGUGGCCUCAAGCCAUUCGUGCUAAGAUCGGAUCUACUUUAAUAUCUACUUUAAUUCAUGUGGCUAAGGUGGAUGUGAAGGGGUUUGAUCCAGUGACAAAACAAGAAGUUUAUGGUAAAGCUCCUGCAUUUUCACACGGUUACCAAUAUUGUAAAGGUUCUAAAUUAGGUGUCAUCAAAAUCCAUCGUUCAUUAAUAAAUCAAUUGAAUGGUGAAAGAUUGAUUGCGUCAGUCCAACCUCAAUUAUUACCGAUGUUAGUUAAACCAAGGCCCUGGAGGAAUUGGAGGUCAGGUGGUUAUUUCUAUUCACAAUCAACAUUAAUUAGAUCAAAGGAAUCGCCAGAACAAUUAGCAUACUUGAAAGCGGUCUCUGAUGCAGAUGUUAUUCCCGAUGUGUAUACUGGUUUAAAUGCAUUAGGUGAAACUGCAUGGACCAUUAAUAAAAAAGUCUUCGAUGUUAUUUCACAGGUUUGGAAUACGGGAGAUGAAUUUUUGGAAAUUCCUGAAAUACAACACGAUAUGAACUUGUUACCUCCACCACCAAGAGAUUCUGAUCCAUCUGAAUUUAGAAAAUGGAAAUUACAAAAUAAAGAAUUAGCCAAUAAGAUUUCUAAAAAUAGAUCAGUUAGAUGUGAUACUAAUUAUAAGUUAGAAAUCGCAAGAGCAUUCCUUGGUGAAAAGUUUUAUUUUCCUCAUAAUUUGGACUUCAGGGGUCGUGCAUACCCAUUGUCUCCUCAUUUUAAUCAUCUUGGUAAUGAUUUGAGUCGUGGACUAUUAAUCUUCUGGAAAGGUAAGAAGUUAGGCCCCCAUGGACUUGUCUGGUUGAAGAUCCAUUUAUCUAAUUUAUAUGGUAUGGAUAAGGCACCAUUCGAUGAAAGAGUAAGAUUUGUGGAAGAUCAUUUGCAAGAGAUUAAAGAAUCUGCUGAAAAUCCCCUAACUACCGGUAAGUGGUGGAAAGAUGCAGAUAAACCAUGGCAAUGUCUUGCAACCUGUAUAGAGUUAACUGAAGCACUGAAAUUAGACAACCCAGAAGAGUUUAUAUCGCAUCAACCAGUGCAUCAGGAUGGUACUUGCAACGGGUUACAGCAUUAUGCCGCAUUAGGUGGUGAUGUUGAAGGAGCAGAGCAAGUUAAUUUAAUUCCACACGAUAGACCACAAGAUGUUUACGCUCAUGUUGCAAGACUUGUGACGAAAAGGUUAGAAAAAGCCGCCCUUCAAGGAGAUGCAAAGGCUAAAAUUCUUGUUGACAAGAUAAGCAGAAAAGUGGUUAAACAGCCUGUUAUGACAAAUGUCUACGGUGUUACUUAUGUUGGGGCUACUUUUCAAAUUGAGAAGCAAUUAUCGAAGUUUUUCCCGGAUCGUAAGGAAUGUUUUGAUUUAUCCAAAUAUCUGACCUCUCAUGUAUUUGCCACAAUCCGCGAAUUAUUCCACAGCGCCCAUUUGAUUCAAGAUUGGUUAGGUGAAUGUGCUAACAGGAUUACUAAGUCGAUUAGGCUAGAUGUUGAUGGUAAAGCAUUCAAGAAUGGUGACAAGCCCGAUUUCAUGUCUUCAGUUAUAUGGACGACGCCAUUAGGCCUACCUAUCGUUCAACCAUACCGUGAAGCAAGCAAAAAGCAAGUGAUGACGAAUCUACAAACAGUCUUUAUUAGCGAUCCAUUUGCAGUUAACGGUGUGAAUGCAAGGAGACAAAAAGCUGGUUUCCCACCUAAUUUCAUUCAUUCAUUAGAUGCUUCUCACAUGCUGUUAUCUGCCAUUCAAUGCAGAGCUAAUGGAUUAGAAUUUGCAUCUGUUCACGAUUCAUAUUGGACACAUGCCUGUGAUAUUGAUAAGAUGAGUGUUUAUUUGAGAGAACAAUUUAUUGAUUUGCAUAAAGUGGAUUUGAUUGAAAGACUGAAAAAUGAAUUUGACGAACGUUAUAAGAAUUACGUUCAAAUUGUCAAAAUUGAUAAAAAUAGUGAUCUUGGUAUUAAUGUCAUGAACUUCAGAAAGAAACUAAGCAAGAAGUUGGGCAGACCAGCUACCUUAGCUGAUGAAAUCCAAUAUGAAAGGAAAAGACAAGAGUUACUAAACUCAGAAAGUGCCACUGACAGAGAAACAGGCUCCUCUAUGACUACCAGUGUAUCAUUGGUGGAAAAUACAGAAAAUAUUGAGGUCUUGAAGGCUGCUAAAGAUAGCGUGUCAUUAUUGGUCAUUGUACCAUUGAGAUUACCAGACAUUCCACCAAAGGGUGAGUUUGACGUAGAGACAGUGAGAUCAAGUAAGUACUUUUUCUCAUGA